CCGGCGAGCGCUGGGUUAGCCGUCGGUCCGCCGCUUCAGUGCAGUGCGGCGCGCACCCCGGCUGGACAACCGUGACCACCGCGAGCCAAGCUCGCCCUCGGCGCGCGAGUUUGGCCACGGGCCUGCGUCACCGCGCGGUGCCUCGCUGCGCAGAACGGGCCCACCGCUAGCCCGCAGCCAUGAGACUGCUGCGGGCGGUGUCGUGGCUGCCCCUCCUCAUGGCGGAGAGUGGUGCUCGGCGCGCGGCGGCCUCCAGGCCGGCGUGCCCCAGUGGCCCUGAAUCCAAGAGAAUGAAGCUAAAUGACGAAGAAAGGACAUCACAACUGGACCCUCUGCUGAAGUCUGGGUGGAAGAAAACAGAUGGCAGAGAUGCCAUUGAAAAGCAGUUUGUCUUCGCCGAUUUCAACCAGGCGUUCGGCUUCAUGAGCCGGGUGGCGCUGAAGGCGGAGAAGAUGGACCACCACCCGGAGUGGUUCAACGUCUACAACCGGGUGACGGUGACGCUGUCGACGCACGACGUCGGCGGCCUCAGCGCCAAGGACGUGACGCUGGCGCAGUUCAUCGAGACGGCCUCCGCCGCCGCCAAGUAGAGCCGCCACCAUGGAGCGCCUCCGGGGCCGACGGCCGCCGGAGCCAGGGGGGGGG